UUCACAAUUUCCAAACAACAAACAUAUAAACACACUUGAAAACACAUUAGCAAAAAACCUCUUGUUUGAAAAUGAGGGUUUCAAUCCUGAUUACCGUAUUAGCUUUGGUCAUUUCCUUUGCCAAAGCUUAUGAUCCAAGCCCACUCCAAGACUUCUGUGUCGCAGUUGAUGACCCCAAAACUGGAGUUUUUGUGAAUGGUAAGUUCUGUAAGGAUCCAAAGCAAGCAAAGGCAGAAGAUUUCUUCUACUCAGGACUCGAUAAGGCCGGAAACACUGAUAAUGAUGUCAAAUCCAACGUGACAACAGUCAAUGUCGAUCAGAUUCCAGGGCUAAACACUAUGGGAAUAUCCUUGGUUCGCAUAGACUAUGCACCAUAUGGCCAAAACCCACCUCACACGCACCCUCGCGCCACUGAGAUCCUUGUCCUUUUGAAGGGAACAUUAUAUGUUGGUUUUGUUUCUUCCAAUCAAGAUAACAAUCGUCUUUUCGCCAAAGUAUUGCAGCCCGGUGAUGUUUUUGUAUUCCCCAUAGGAAUGAUACAUUUUCAGGUGAAUGUUGGGAAAACUCCCGCGGUAGCCUUUGCGGGACUGAGUAGUCAGAACGCUGGUGUCAUCACGAUCGCAGAUACUGUGUUUGGGUCGAAGCCACCUAUUAACCCGGAGGUUCUGGCUAUGGCGUUCCAGUUGGAUGUCAAUGUUGUCAAAGACCUUGAGGCAAAGUUUAAGAACUGAUUUGAGUCAUUAAGAGUGUAUGUCUUUGUACCACUCAAAUAAACAUAUAAUACGAACUAAAGUCUACGCGUAAAAUAAAAAGGUGUAUCCACCUAAUUUGAUAUUUAAUAUUAUGUUUACUUCUCCGUAA